GUGCUCAUGCUAAGUCCGCCUCUGUGCACAGGCUUUGUAGAUCACAAUCUGCUACUACCUUUACUUAUUAUGUAUAAUCCAUAAGUAACUCUGUGUGCUGAUUCAUCCUGUAGUUCCUACUGUAAUGUUGUAUUUGCCAGCUAAAGUUGAGUUUCUGUCUGAUUUAAAUUAUUCAUAUAUGGUUUAUGAAUUAGGUUAACUUGAUUAGUACAUAUGAAGGGGUCCUCCCUAGUGCUAGUGUCCUAGUGAUGCAGUGUGUAGAAGCAGCCAAGCAGAGAACCUUUUUACGGUGUUACAGUGCAGUAUACAGUUCCUUUCUCAUGUAGUUCCUAAUCUAUAAUCCCAAAAUUUGAAGUUAUAAGGAUUUGGUGCACAUUUUUUUGUACUGCUCCGUUUUAGCUAGUAGUGUUGUCUGGUCUUGUUGAUCUCAUAAUAGUGACUACUCAAUAGGGUCCUCAGCUAACCAGAAUAGAGAUGACGAAUGAACUACUAAAUUUGUGCCCACAUAGUCACAAGUAGAAAUUUGCUUGUGUCUUAACAUCGAACUGCUUUACAUUUCAAGUGUGGUAGUUAUUGACUUAUUGAUGCUAAUUUAGACUGAAAAUGUGAAAAGUUUCAUUUCAUAUUUUCUCACAUAUGUAUGCUGAACUGUUCUUUUCUUCUACUUGCUAGUCUUCUCCUCCUGGAUCACAUGCAUGAAUGAGACUGCAAUGCUUCUCUGACAACUUAUAGUUACAAACCAUUACGACUAACAGCUCAAAGCUGAUCAUGAAUACAACUCAGAAAGUUGCUCCAGUGGAAUCAGCUGCUAAGGUGGUCAAACAAGCCUCACAGUUCAAAAGAUGGGGGCGAAAACAUCCAUUUGUUCGAUAUGGGUUGCCACUCAUUUCCUUGACAGUGUUUGGUGCAGUUGGGCUUGCUCAUCUUAUACAGGGCAGCAAAGAAGUGACAAAGGAAAAGGAGGAUAUUGAAUGGGAGGUCGUAGAAACAACAAAAGCUCUAAGCCGAACAGGGCCGGUGGAAGGGGCCUAUAAGCCUAAGAAGCUCUCUUUAGAGGAUGAACUGAAGGAUUUGCAGCAAAAGGUGGACAUAAACAGCUACGACUACAAGAGGAUCCCUAGACCCAGUGAAAAAUAACUGUAGUGAAGUAUAGCAUGCUCUACCAACUUGAGAAUUGGAAAUUUUUGUGAGGAUAGUUUCAUCAUCUUGUCCCUCCACGAGUUUUGUAUGGCACCGUUCAAGUUUUUAAAUGAGAAGGGGAAAGCUCCAGCAAUAUCAUCAAAUUUUUGUGCCAUUAGCCACCAGUGACCACUUGUAGAAAAUUAGGUUGAGGAUCCUUGAACUGUAGGAAGCAGUGUUUGUAGCAACAGCUAUUAUGCGUUCAUGGCAUGUCUAUAUUGUUACUCUUCUAAUAUUUUGAGAUGCUUGGAUACCGACACAAGUGAAUAAAUUGUGAACAGGCGUACGACUCUGACAUGUGAACAU